CACAAAAUUCCAUCCCCAACUUAGGAUGCAGCAAGGACAGUCAGGGCCGCAUGAGGUGGCCGAGUCGUGCUUCCUUCAAUUAUACGCCGAAGCAGUUCGCUCGAUGGUGGAGCGGCAUCCCACUUCGGCAGAGAAAUCGCCCGAGGAUGUGUGGACUCCAAGCGACGAAUUGACGGCAAAGCUCGAAGCCUUUGGGUACGACGUCGGGUACCGCUUCGUGGAGCGAUUCUCCCGCGACCGUCCACGCAUGUUGGAGCCGCUCGACGUGAUCAAGUUUCUGUGCAAGGACUUUUGGAUCCACAUUUUCAAAAAGCAGAUCGACAAACUGCAGACGAACCAUCGGGGGGUGUUCGUCCUGCAGGACUUCAACUUUCGAUGGAUUCAAGCCUUGUCUGGUGAGAACGACGCCGAGUCGAAGCAAAAGGCACUCGUCUUUCUCAUCUUUCCGUGUGGACUUCUUCGCGGCGCGUUGGCGAACCUGGGCAUUUUGGCCAUCGUCAAUGCCGAUCUGAAUGCCGUUCCAGGAUGCGUGUUCAACAUUAAGCUGCGAUAAGCAUGAUAUGUCGUGCCCAACAUUGACCAUCGGCUUGGCCACAGGCGCUUCCACGGCCAGGGAUCGACGUGGUUCCUGCCUUUCUCGUACAGCCGGGGGGGGCUUUUGCUGCCUGUAGCACGGUUCGAUCACGGUGUGGCAUGUUGAGGGCGGCAAGGAUCCAGCGUCGUCGUGCUUCCACCAUUUCCGUGCGUCAGCACCAUGGGUCGAAGCAGGUUUUUUCAACCAAUUCAAGAUCGUUUCGUGGCGUUCGCACAGCACUG